CGCAAAAUGACAACAAACGGAGGCGCAUGCGCGUGCGUUUCCGUGGUUACAGAAAGCUGGCGGCACGUUCACCAUGGGCCCCAAAAAGCCUCAAAAGGUGACUAAGGCUCAAAGGGCAAAGCAACAGCAGGAGGAAGAGGAGAGACGAGCGAGGGAAGAAGAGCAGGCCCGGCUGCAGAUGGAGAGAGAGGAACAAGAGAGGAUGGAAAGGGAAAGAAAGGAGGAAGAACUCCAACGACUCGAACUGAAGGACAGGGAGCGCAGGUCUAUAGAGCUGGGCGAACUUGGCCACAUCCUGGAGGAGAACCAUGCUGCAGUUGCACGUUGGAAAUCUGAAUCUGCAGAGAAACACAAGUGGGAACGCUACAUGAGAUGUGACGGACUCCCAAAUCCAGCAGAACGGAAGGACGUUAACACGUUCAUCAGCCUGUGGGUGGAUGACCCCGAGGUCAACUUUGCUCCUGUGAUGAAACAAUGUCAUCUGGCUCUGCAGCUAGUUGAGGAUUUGGAGUCUUUCCUGAGAGAAGUAACCGAUCCACGUGAGGGUUUGAAGUAUCAGGAGUGUCUGACCGACAUGAUUCAUCUCAUCUACAACAAGCACUCUCUGGCUGCUCUGGAGAUUCUGAAGGGCGCCAGCAGCAACAUCGACACAGAGACAGGCAACAUGCAGAUGCUGGAGAAGGAUGGCGAUGUUACGCUGUGUCUCUGGGUGAAUCUGAGGAGGGAUCUCAGGUUCUACAACUUGAAUUUCGAAGGUGCGGGUCUCCAAUUUGAGCUUCCUAAACCUUUAGCUACGAGGCCAGUGGCAGUUCGGAUCCUCCACACCUGCUAUGACCACCUGACCUUGUUGGCAACAGUCUCCCAGCUCAGGAUACGCAACCCGAGUCACAGAUCUCUGUCCACCAUGGAGCAGGGCUAUGUUGAAGAAUCAGAACAGGAUGAGGCAGAGGAAGAGACAAUGAAGGAUGAUGACAUCACUCAGCAGCCACCAGAAGAGCAGCAACCAGUGGAGGCUGGUGAUGAGAGCAGGAGCAAAAGUGUCACAAGCGUGUUGUCCAGACACAGCGACCUGCCUGCGGAAGGUCGAGUGAGCCAGAUCCAGACCCAGAUGGAGGCACUAGAGGCUGCUGGAGAGUUUACCUCCCCUGAUUUGGUGCCAGUCGCAGGGAACGCUGGCAGGCAGGUCGUGGACCUGAAGAAGUACUCACCACUAGGUGGCGUUUUCUAUUUCGAUGUGUUCAAUCUGCCACCACAGGCCCAUCAGGUCAACGGAUGGGAGAUGCGACAGGUCUUGAAUUCAGGGUUGGAAAGAUUCCACUACCCCUCAGAUUUAGAGGAGCUGGAACGCCUCACCUGCUCUCCUGUUGGAGUCUCUGUGACUCUCCCUGACUCCAUCCUCUUCUGGAGGACGCCUCAGGUUGCUCGCUGGGAUGCUGCAGAGGGACAGUGGAGGACAGACGGCAUCACUGACCUCUCUCAGGAGGAGGAAGCAGCCAAGAUCUCCUUCAAGAUGGACUCCUUUUACACCUUUGUGCUGAUUCAGGAAACGUACUGCAACUUCCCCCUGCAGAGAUGGACACUGCAGCCGCUGGACCAGAACUCUGUCGUCCUCAUGGUACAAGGGACUCAGGUGGAGCUUAGAAUCACUAUCGAGGGAAGUCAGUGCAUGUUGCAGCUGCAUGGACGGACCGGACCGCCACACCUGGUGGGAAAGUGGAUGAGUCGAGAUGACCUGCAGAGAGCCAUGGUCCAGGCGGGAAUUAACAUCUUUGUGAACGAGUACUCGGAGAACUACAUCAGCAUGUGCGCAAAGGACCCGCUCACCGAGCAUGCCGUCUAUGAACAGAUGGCCCUCUACUCCUCUUCCUGCGCCUUUUCUUGGAGCAAGUGGAACUCCGUAUGUGGAGCAGAGCAUCUGGUGGUGCAGGCAUGUGAGCACCUAGACCCCGACCCUGUUCAGGAGACCUCAUGGGGAAUGUACCUCAUUGGAGCGCAGAGGAUUCAGAAGCUAGCGAUGACAGAGACCAGCCAAACCUUCUCUCCAGAACAUCAGCCUGGUACGGACUUCCACUCCACCUUCAUCCACAUGCUGCAGGAUCACAUGAGUGCAACUGGGAUGGCCAGAACUGAAACAGCAGACUUCCUUUUUGUGGACACGGUCCAGAGUUUACUUUGUUCCAUCAGACCGCUGGUGUUUUCCUGAAAUCAGGGCCCGACACAGCCACGUUGUCCAGUCGACUACUUUAUUUAUUCACACUCUGCCUUUGGGACGUACAAAAGUGUAGCAAGUUGAAAAUGGUGACAAACACGGCAAAAACAGAUUAAAAAAAACAAAACAAAAAACAAAAACUUUGGUGUUCCGACCGAUUUAAAAAUGACACUCCCCCUCUCACACAAACAUAAAUAUAUAUAUAUGUAUGUAUUUAGAUUCAUGACCAGUGUUAAGACUCCAUUUAUAAAAUAUCCUCCACAAAGAGGAAGUGGCGCUUAAAAGACCUCCUGGUGUCCUUGUGGAUUUUCAAGUGCAAAAAACGGUGUUUAAAAAGUGUCCAUGAUGCCCG